AUGGGAAAUGAGGCCAGUUACCCGGAGGAAAUGUGCUCCCAGUUUGACCAUGAUGAAAUUAAAAGGCUGAGCAAGAGGUUUAAGAAGCUGGACUUGGACAAUUCGGGCUCUCUGAGCGUGGAUGAGUUCCUGUCGCUGCCCCAGCUGCAGCGGAAUCCGUUGGCGAAGAGAGUGAUCGACGUCUUCGACACCGACGGCAAUGGCGUAGUGGACUUCAAGGAAUUCAUCGUGGGGACCUCCCAGUUCAGUGUCAAGGGCAGCGAGGAGCAGAAGCUAAGGUUUGCUUUCAGCAUCUACGACAUGGACAAAGACGGCUACAUUUCCAACGGAGAGCUCUUCCAGGUGCUGAAGUUGAUGGUGGGGGACGACACCCUGACAGACUGGGAGUUACAGGAGGUCGUCGACAAAACCAUCAUCUGCCUGGAUACAGACGGCGAUGGGAAAAUAUCCUACGAGGAAUUCAGCGCUGUGGUCCGAGGCCUGGAGAUCCACAAGAACUUGGUGGUGGCUGUGUGA